CUGAUAACAUGUGCAAAGAGUUGGGCUGUGGGUCUGCAUUGUCAGUAUCAGGAGAUGCUCAGUUUGGAGAAGGUUCGGGGCCCGUCAUCGGUCAGUCUGGCUGUGGGCACGAGACAGACGCUGGUGUUUUAUGUUCAGAGAGUGUGGAGCUGAGACUGGUGAAUGGAGGCAGUCGGUGUGCGGGGAGAGUGGAGCUGUUCUCUGAUGGUCAAUGGCACACGGUGUGUGGAGCUGCCUGGAACAUCCACACGGCUGAUAACAUGUGCAAAGAGUUGGGCUGUGGGUCUGCAUUGUCAGUAUCAGGAGAUGCUCAGUUUGGAGAAGGUUCGGGGCCCGUCAUCGGUCAGUCUGGCUGUGGGCACGAGACAGACGGUGGUGUUUUGUGUUCAGUUUGCCUGUCCAACAGCCGAGAUCGAUACGGCGCACUAUUUAGGAGCAUGUCUUAA